AUGAAGUAUCUCACCACCUUGACCCUCGCCCUCGCCUCCGUGGCCACGGCUGACUGGGCUCUGUACUGUGGUGACUCCUGCUCCAAUGGUGCCCUCGUUGCGUCUGGCUCGGAAUAUGAAGGCUCCUGCACCAGCCUCGGCGGCACAUAUGAUUACUGUUACAUUUUGGCGGAUUCCAUUUACUAUGUGAAUUGGUGGAAGGCGAUAUUCUUCGAGAAUGAAUCAUGUCUUGUCAACAAUGACAAGGAUGGAUAUCAUGAGAGCAACGGUCUCUUCAACGGCUCUUGCACGGAUUCUGGGUCUUGGACCCAUUACAAAGUGGUGAUUAAUGCCUAA